AUGAUUGACAAAGAGAAGUGCUAUGAAGCUAGACUGGAAAUGUGUAGUGUUCUCAAAGGGAAGUUGCUAGUCGACAUAAACAAUAAUUUUGGUCUUAUUGCAAAGAAAGAACAAGAAGCAACUGAACUGAGCUCAAAAUUGGAUUUGUUUGGAAAUAAAAUUCUGCGUUUGCAAGCACAAGAAGAAGAAAUGUUGGCACGGGCAGAUUCCAUGUAUAAUAAGCUGUCCGUUUUGACUGAAGAGAUUGAUAUUACCAACAUGAAUCAUAACGAAAAAAAUUCUGUGCUGGAGAAGCAGCUAGCAAAUGCAGCUAGUGAACUAGGUGCAGUUUCUCUGGAGAACAAUGAGUUGAGAUCUCAGCUCAACUGUAUUGAACGUCGCAGUUACUUUAUGGAAGAGGAGUUAACCCGUGAAAGUAAUGCCACUGAAAAAAUGGAAGAAAAGUUAACUGAGCUGAAAAUUUUACUUGAUGAAAGGAACAGCUCCCUUCAAAAGUUGCAAAAUGACAUCUCCAAGCUUUCGGAUGAGAAACAAUGCUGUGACUCUCAGGUGCUUAUCUUGAGAGAUAAGCUGGAGAGGGCUCAGGCAUUGGCAGAAGAACGUGAAACAAUUGCUACAGAGGCUUGGCAGAUAGCAGAUGAAAUGAAGACAUGUGCCGAAGAGAAGGUCAAAGAAGUCAAGGUGUUGGAGAGAUCAGUUGAUGAUCUCCAAAGUACUGUAUGUGCUCUAGAGGAGCAGCUGGCAAGGAAAGUUAGUCAACCUAAUGCAGUUUCUGUUGCAAAGAACAAACAAGGAACUGAACUUGGAAAGAACAUUAUGCAUCUGCAUAGACAAGAAGAGGCAAUGCUGUCAGGGUCAAACUCCAUGCACAGUGAACCGUCUAUUUUGAUUGACGAGAUUUUCGCUACCAACAGGGGUGCUUUGGCAGCUGAAUCAAAAGAAAACGAAGAUCUGCACCACCAGUUGGACGAAGCUUUGCUUCUCAAUGGAAUGUUGAAGGACAGAAUGCUUGAAGAUCUGAGUCUGCUUCAAGUGAAUAAUGCUAUACCUGUAAAUGAUAUGGAAGGGUGCAGCCAAUUUCAGUUGUGCAAUCUGCUUGCAAUCUACCACCACGGGUCAGUUGUGAUCAACACGAUCGCAAAUGAUAUUGAGACUAUUGUUUUGGCUUCAGAACUCAAGCAACACGAAGCUGAAGUGCAGGAACAAAUGCUUAUGUGUACAGAAUUUGUUGAAGGACUGAAGACCGAAUCAACUUUGUGGAAAGUUGAUCAGGAGCUCGGCAGUGCUAUAAUCGAUGAUUUACUUCAAGAGAACAACAAUACAAGGACUGAUCGGGAGAACAUGAAGCGAACCAAGGACAAAAUUAUAGUAAAAGUAAAAAGAGCAAAAGCUGCCACCUCUCUCAUGUGUAGUCUCCCGAAAUGAGACUAAAUAUGCUUGGCUCAGAUGAUCAAAGUAUCUCACAUUAAGCAUGUCGAAAGUAACCAUGUUUUCUCUUGAUUAUUUCUACUGAAGUUAGCAGCACUACCCUGUUAUUACAAUAUGUAAAAGAAGUUGACAAAGGGAGGACUACUUAUUUGUUCACUUC